AAAUGGCACCUAUGGACAAGUCUAUAAGGGUCGACAUGUUAAAACAGGUCAGCUGGCAGCCAUCAAAGUUAUGGAUGUCACUGAGGAUGAAGAGGAAGAAAUCAAACUGGAGAUAAAUAUGCUGAAGAAAUAUUCUCAUCAUAGAAAUAUUGCAACAUAUUAUGGUGCUUUUAUUAAAAAGAGCCCUCCAGGACAUGAUGACCAGCUCUGGCUUGUUAUGGAGUUCUGUGGGGCUGGUUCCAUUACAGACCUUGUGAAGAACACCAAGGGGAACACCCUCAAAGAAGACUGGAUAGCUUACAUUUCCAGAGAAAUUUUGAGGGGAUUGGCACAUCUUCACAUCCAUCAUGUGAUUCACCGGGACAUCAAGGGUCAGAAUGUAUUGCUGACAGAGAAUGCAGAGGUGAAGCUUGUCGAUUUUGGUGUGAGUGCUCAGCUGGACAGGACGGUUGGGAGGAGAAAUACUUUCAUAGGCACCCCCUACUGGAUGGCUCCUGAGGUCAUUGCCUGUGAUGAGAAUCCAGAUGCCACCUAUGAUUACAGAAGUGACCUUUGGUCUUGUGGCAUUACAGCCAUUGAGAUGGCAGAGGGUGCUCCCCCUCUCUGUGACAUGCAUCCAAUGAGAGCGCUGUUUCUCAUUCCUAGAAACCCUCCUCCCCGGCUGAAGUCAAAAAAAUGGUCAAAGAAAUUUUUUAGUUUUAUAGAAGGGUGCCUGGUGAAGAAUUACAUGCAGCGGCCCUCCACAGAGCAGCUUUUGAAACAUCCUUUUAUAAGGGAUCAGCCAAAUGAAAGGCAAGUUAGAAUCCAACUGAAGGACCAUAUAGACCGGACCAGGAAGAAGAGAGGAGAGAAAGAUGAAACUGAAUAUGAGUAUAGUGGAAGUGAGGAGGAGGAGGAGGAAGUGCCUGAACAGGAGGGAGAGCCAAGUUCCAUUGUCAAUGUGCCUGGUGAAUCCACUCUUCGUCGGGAUUUCUUGAGACUGCAGCAGGAGAACAAGGAACGUUCUGAGGCUCUUCGGAGACAACAGCUACUGCAGGAACAACAGCUCCGGGAGCAGGAGGAAUAUAAAAGGCAGCUGCUGGCAGAAAGACAGAAGCGCAUUGAGCAGCAAAAAGAACAGAGGCGGCGGCUAGAAGAGCAACAAAGGAGAGAGCGUGAAGCUAGAAGGCAGCAGGAACGUGAGCAGCGAAGGAGAGAACAAGAAGAGAAGAGGCGUCUAGAGGAAUUGGAGAGGCGGCGUAAAGAGGAUGAGGAGAGAAGAAGAGCAGAAGAAGAAAAGCGGAGAGUUGAAAGAGAACAGGAGUAUAUCAGGCGACAGCUAGAAGAGGAGCAGCGGCACUUGGAAAUCCUCCAGCAGCAGCUGCUCCAGGAGCAAGCCAUGUUACUGGAGUGCCGAUGGCGGGAGAUGGAGGAGCACCGGCAGGCAGAGAGGCUCCAGAGGCAGUUGCAACAAGAACAAGCAUAUCUCCUGUCUCUACAGCACGACCAUAGGAGGCCGCACCCGCAGCAGCAGCAGCCCCCGCAGCAGGAGAGGAGCAAGGCAAGCUAUCAUGCUCCAGAGCCCAAGCCCCACUAUGAGCCUGCUGACCGAGCCCGUGAGGUGGAAGAUAGAUUUAGGAAAACUAACCACAGCUCCCCUGAAGCCCAGUCUAAGCAGACAGGCAGAGUAUUGGAGCCACCAGUGCCUUCCAGAUCAGAAUCUUUUUCCAAUGGCAACUCCGAGUCUGUGCACCCUGCCCUGCAGAGACCAACGGAGCCACAGGUACAGUGGUCCCACCUGGCAUCUCUCAAGAACAAUGUUUCCCCUGUCUCGCGAUCCCAUUCCUUCAGUGACCCUUCUCCUCCCAAAUUUGCACACCACCAUCUUCGCUCUCAGGACCCAUGUCCACCUUCCCGCAGUGAGGUGCUAAGUCAGAGUUCUGACUCUAAGUCGGAGGUCCCUGACCCCACCCAAAAGGCUUGGUCUAGAUCAGACAGUGAAGAGGUGCCUCCAAGGGUUCCUGUGAGAACAACGUCUCGAUCCCCUGUCCUGUCCCGUCGGGAUUCCCCACUGCAGGGCAGUGGGCAGCCAAAUAGUCAAGCAGGUCAAAGAAAUUCCACCAGUAUUGAACCGAGAUUGCUGUGGGAAAGAGUGGAGAAACUGGUGCCCAGGCCUGGCAGCGGCAGCUCUUCUGGGUCCAGCAACUCAGGGUCCCAGCCUGGGUCCCACCCUGGGUCUCAGAGUGGUUCUGGGGAGCGCUUCAGAGUGAGAUCAUCCUCCAAAUCUGAAGGUUCACCAUCUCAGCGCCUUGAAAAUGUAGCAAAAAAACCUGAAGAUAAAAAAGAAGUUUUUAGACCUCUCAAGCCUGCUGGCGAAGUGGACUUGACUGCACUGGCAAAAGAGCUUCGAGCAGUGGAAGAUGUACGACCGCCACACAAAGUGACAGACUACUCUUCUUCCAGUGAAGAGUCAGGGACGACAGAUGAGGAGGAUGAUGAUGUGGAGCAAGAAGGGGCUGAGGAACCCACCUCUGGACCGGAGGACACCAGAGCAGCGUCAUCUCUGAAUUUGAGUAAUGGUGAAACAGAAUCUGUGAAAACAAUGAUUGUCCACGAUGAUGUGGAGAGUGAGCCAGCCAUGACGCCGUCCAAGGAGGGCACUCUGAUCGUUCGCCAGAGUACAGUUGACCAAAAGCGUGCCAGCCAUCAUGAGAGCAAUGGCUUUGCCGGUCGCAUUCACCUCUUGCCAGAUCUCUUACAGCAAAGCCAUUCCUCCUCCACUUCCUCCACCUCCUCCUCCCCAUCCUCCAGCCAGCCGACACCCACCAUGUCCCCACAGACACCCCAGGACAAGCUCACUACUAAUGAGACUCAGUCCGCUAGUAGCACACUCCAGAAACACAAAUCUUCCUCCUCCUUUACACCUUUUAUAGACCCCAGAUUACUACAGAUUUCUCCAUCUAGUGGGACAACAGUGACUUCUGUGGUGGGAUUUUCCUGUGAUGGAAUGAGACCAGAAGCCAUUAGACAAGACCCUACCCGGAAGGGUUCAGUGGUCAAUGUGAAUCCCACCAAUACUAGGCCACAGAGUGAUACUCCAGAGAUUCGCAAGUACAAGAAGAGGUUUAACUCUGAGAUUCUGUGUGCUGCCUUAUGGGGGGUGAAUUUGUUAGUUGGCACAGAGAGUGGCCUGAUGCUGCUGGACAGAAGUGGCCAAGGAAAAGUUUAUCCUCUGAUCAACAGACGACGAUUUCAACAAAUGGAUGUCCUUGAAGGACUGAAUGUCUUGGUGACAAUAUCUGGCAAAAAAGAUAAAUUACGUGUCUACUAUUUAUCCUGGUUAAGAAAUAAAAUACUUCACAAUGAUCCAGAAGUUGAGAAGAAGCAGGGAUGGACAACUGUGGGGGAUUUGGAAGGAUGUGUACACUAUAAAGUUGUAAAAUAUGAAAGAAUCAAAUUUCUGGUGAUAGCUUUGAAGAGUUCUGUGGAAGUCUAUGCGUGGGCACCUAAGCCGUAUCACAAAUUUAUGGCCUUUAAGUCAUUUGGAGAAUUGGUACAUAAACCUUUACUGGUGGAUCUUACUGUUGAGGAAGGCCAGAGGUUGAAAGUGAUCUAUGGAUCUUGUGCUGGAUUCCAUGCUGUUGAUGUGGAUUCAGGAUCAGUCUAUGACAUUUAUCUACCAACACACAUCCAAUGUAGCAUCAAACCCCAUGCAAUCAUCAUCCUCCCCAACACAGAUGGAAUGGAGCUUCUGGUGUGCUAUGAAGAUGAAGGGGUUUAUGUCAAUACCUAUGGAAGGAUCACCAAAGACGUGGUUCUACAGUGGGGAGAGAUGCCGACUUCUGUAGCUUAUAUUAGAUCCAAUCAGACGAUGGGCUGGGGAGAAAAGGCUAUAGAGAUCCGGUCUGUGGAAACUGGUCACCUGGAUGGUGUGUUUAUGCACAAAAGGGCUCAAAGACUAAAAUUCUUAUGUGAACGAAAUGACAAGGUAUUUUUUGCCUCUGUCCGAUCUGGUGGCAGCAGUCAGGUUUAUUUCAUGACAUUAGGCAGGACUUCUCUCCUGAGCUGGUAGAAGCAGUGCCAUGAGAAUUCUGGCCCCAAGAGUCUUCAAGAUCCUGAGAACUGGGAAUUCCUUGCAACUGGAGCUCAGAACUGCACCGGUGCAGUCCUGGACAGCUGUGCACAGAUACCACGUGGGGGUUCCUUUUCUCCUUUUUUUCCUGCUCCCCUCCUAGCAGUUUAUCCCUAUCCUCCUUUUUUCCUUACUCAAAAAUAAAUUAAGGCUGCAAUGCAGCUGGUGCUGUUCAGAUUCUACCAUCAGGUGCUAUAAGUGUUUGGGAUCAAGACCAGAAAGCAAACACCUUUCCUUAAGCUCCAGAAUUCCUUGUCUCUGAAUGACUCUGUCUUAUGGGUAUCUGAGGUAGAAACUAUGAACAUGCUGUUUUGUUGGUUUUAAUGAAAGUGGGCACAAGGAGGUGUAAAGUGGGGGGUCUUAUAAGCAGUUUGCUGAAGCAGAGAGCAGAUUUAAUAUAGUAAUAUUAACAAUGUAUUUAAUUGACAUUUCUUUUUUUUGUAAUGUGACAAUAUGUGGACAAAGAAGAAGGUGCAGGUUUAAGAAGUUAAUAUUUAUAAAAUGUGAAAGACAGUUACUAGGAUAACUUUUGUGGGUGGGGCUUGGGAGGUGGGGUGGGUGGAUUUAUGGGGUCCCAUUUUGUUUCUUUGGAAUUUUUUUUUUUUUUGGCUUUGCCAAGAACUCAGUAAUAUUUCUGUGUACCAGAUUUUGCCUAAAUCAUGUGCAGAUGGUUCUAAGAAAAAAGAAAAAAAAGAAAAUGUGUGCAUUUGUAUAAUGGCCAGAACUUUGUUGUGUGACAGUAUUAGCACUGCCUCAGUUAAAGGUUUAAUUUUUGUUUAAACCUAGAAGUGCGACAGCAGUUUUGCCACAGGUCUGCACUUGGCAGAGGAAAGAAAUUUUUUUCAACCGUUUAUUUUUUUGCCUACCUCAUUGUUUUUAAUGCAUUAAGAGGUGGUUUAGUUUAUGUUUUUGGAGAAAAACAUUAAUGUUUAAUUUAAUCUUAAUACCAAAACUAUCAGAUUGAAGUUUGUUCUUUUGUCACGAGUCUUAGUAGGCAUAAGAGAAAGAGGGGAGGCAGCCAUGCGGCUUCGUGAUGCUGACUGAGGCAGUCCGCUUUCUAAGGCCACAGACAGGAUGCUCUGCUUUCCCGGGAAUCGCCACUGGUGGUUGACGUGAUCGCAGCCUACUAGGCAGGCGCCUCAUUAGUCUCAGUUCCAGGUUGGUAGCAGACAGGUGGUCAUAUUAGAAUAGUCACACAAACUGUGCAGUGUUGCAAGGAACUUUUCUUGAGGGUGGGAUAUUUCCCUUUUCUAAAACAGCAGUGCACUAAAGCUAUUUUAAAAAUAUAGUUAAUACUGCUUAAUUCAUAAGGUGGAAUCUUCUUGUGUUUUAGGUGUAAUAUCAGAGCCCUAGCUUUUCUCCUCCUUUCACUUGUUCUCUUGUUCUCUGUUUUUUAAACCAGUUUUACUUUAUGAAUAUGUUCAUGACAUUUGUAAUAAAUGUCUUGGGUAAGAAUUUGUUUCCUGGCUUCAUGAUCACUCAGUUUCUCUGAGGAUAUUUACUUCUUGGGUAAAACAGUAAUGCUCAGUUCUGCAUUCUUUCUUCUUCUUGCGUUCUAAGUGGGAAUACUGGGUGGUAGAUCCUUUCAGCGUCGUUCACCAAAUAGAAGAAUGGUGUUUUAUAGACUGAACCUUUCUUAGGGUUAAUUUUUCUUUUAAUUUUGGGCUUUCCUCCCCAAAAUGUAACAUUUAAUUUGCCAAGGCUGUCUCAACUGUCUCAUCUCAUUUGGCAUUCAUUUUGACCACUACCAGUCUCCUGUUUCAGCAUUUUUGCCAAAGGCUCGCCUUUAAAUCACAAAAAUCUAGUGAAAAGUAGACUCAUAAAUGCAUAAACAAAAGCUAUUUGUACACCCACGAAGACAAGAUAAGCUGAGAAAGCCCUACUCUCUUUGGAAGGACGAGGUGAUGGAAAUGGUUUCCCAUUUGUAUGAUUUCGCAGUAGUGCUAAUGCCCAAGCAGAAAAAACUAGUUCUUUUCUGCUAAUUUCUUGUUAACAUAGAGAAGACUGAAGAGUCAUUUCCAUCUUUGAAGGAGACUUCAGAUAGGCAAGAUUCCAUUGCCUGGAACUUGAGUCAAAAUCAAAUUGCUGCUAAUGAUUUCCUAUACAUGUUCUGGCUUUGCAAGUAAGAAAAUGUGCCACAGCGAACAUGUAUCUGCCGAGAGAAAACAACUAGAUGACUGGAUCAGUACUAACUUUCCACGGCUCCUGAGA